UUGAAACUGAUCUACAAUUCAGUUAAUGUUAUUCUAAAUUAGUUUGAAGCUACCAAUUUCGCCAAUACUUGAAAAGGUGAUAGUAUGCUAGUUGUCAAAUAAAUUGUUAUCAUUGACAUUUUUAUCAAAAAAACUUCAAAUUCCAUGAAACCAUUACCAAAACGUUUAAACCUUAAUUAUAAUAAAAGAUCAUGAAUCGACUGAAGUUAGACAUUCAGAUUGUUGAAUGCCGGUUCAGUGGUCUGAAGGUUAAGCGUUCGCGCACGAGAUCUAAAAUCCUGGAUCCGUGUUAUCCAUGUGGGAUUGUGUAUGCGCACUGUUGAAAAGUUCCAUACUACGACGAAACGGUCAUCUAAUACUUUCAGGUUUCUUAAUGGUGGUCUAACUUAGAUUGACUCAUGAAUUCAACUGUUUUAAUAACAGUAAUAAUAAUAAUAGUUACAUCUCGUUAACAAUCAAUUAUAUUAAUUAUGUAGUAUAAUGAAUGUCAAUUAAAUGUCUAAAGUUAUGAGUUCCAGUUUGUAGCUUCAAUGUAAUCUUCUAGAAUCUUUUGGUAUGUAAGUAUAUGGAUAUAAUAAAUUUAUAAAAUGACGAAACACUCAUCUCAUGAAUAUAUAUACUUGUUUACUAAGUCGUUUUGAGAUCAUCAAGACAUCAACAUCUGAAGGGAAACGCGGGAUACAGUGGACUUCUACGAUGCAGUUAGACGAUCUAGACUUCGCAGAUGAUCUGGCCCUUCUAUCCCAAACGCAACAACAAAUGCAGGAGAAAACGACCAGUGUAGCAGCAGCCUCAGCAGCAAUAGGUCUCAAUAUACACAAAGGGAAAAGCAGGAUUCUCCGAUACAACACAGAAUGCACCAAUCCAAUCACAAUUGACGGGGAAGAUUUGGAAGAUGUAAAAACCUUUACAUAUUUGGACAGCAUCAUUGAUGAACAGGGUGGAUCUGAUGCAGAUGUGAAGGCGCGGAUCGGCAAAGCAAGAGCAGCAUAUCUACAACUGAAGAACAUCUGGAACUCAAAGCAACUGUCAACCAACACCAAGGUCAGGAUUUUCAAUGCAAAUGUCAAGACAAUUCUACUGUAUGGGGCAGAAACCUGGAGAACUACGAAAGCCAUCAUCCAGAAAAUACAGGUGUUUAUUAACAGUUGUCUACGCAAAAUACUUCGAAUCCGUUGGUCAGACACUAUUAGAAACAACGUACUGUGGGAGAGAACAAACCAGAUCCCAGUGGAGGAAGAAAUCAGUAAGAAGCGCUGGAAGUGGAUAGGAUACACAUUGAGGAAAGCACCCAACUGCGUCACAAGACAAGCCCUCACAUGGAAUCCUGAAGGUCAACGGAAAAGAGGAAGACCAAAGAACACAUUACGCCGGGAAGUGGAAAUAGACAUGAGAGAAAUGAACAAGACUUGGAUGGAACUGGAAAAGAAGGCCCAGGACAGAGUGGGUUGGAGAAUGCUGGUCUGCGGCCUAUGCUCCAUUGGGAGUAACAGGCGUAAGUAAGUAAGUAAGUAAUAUAUAAAUACAUAGUGAACUCAAACUGUAGACAAAAAAGAAACGUGAUUCAUUUACAGUUGAUAGUGUAUUGAUAAAAAAUAAAAAAAUGACUCAGUGUGAUAUGCCAUUCAUAAUUUUAGACUGAAUAGUAUUUAAUUGGAUUGCACAUUAAAACAAAAAGAAAAAGAGAUACAAAUACACUCGAACAGGAUAUACAUGCAUAUCUAUAUCAGAUAUCAUGAAUUCUAUCACUUUAGACUGUACCCGAAAUAAUAAAAAGGAACCUAAUAAUCAUCAGAAUAUUUUUUUCUGUCUACAAAUACAUAUGCAUCAGUCACAAACAGACUACAUCUAGAUUUGCAUUACAUCAAAAUGAAACAAUGGAACAAAUAAAUGAAUGCAUGAAUAAGUAAAUAAAUAGGUAUCAUUAUAUAUAUAACACACAAAAUGGUUAAACAACACAAAAGCAACAAUAAAAACAAAACAAUAACAUGAUAACAAUCAGGACAUUUAGUAGUUUGAAUUCAAUCAUUUCAUUUAAAUAAGUAAGUGAAAGUAGGUGUUUUGAUAAAUCACUCGAUGUAUGAGGAGUCCCAUACUAGGACAAAACGACCGUCCAGUGCUUCCAGGUUUUCC